AUGACCAAUGAGGACCUCUUGAAUGAGCUGGAUAACGAUUUUGGCAGCGAUUUCGAAAGCGAUGCAGGUGGUGAUGAUGUCCCCAUAAAGCAAACGAUUGACAGUGAAGAACCAGAAAAUCUACUUUUGAUAUUAGAGCGGUUCAUUUUGAACUAUAAGCCAGUCAUUUAUUCUCAUGAACUUCCGAACAACGCUGCAGAUAUUGCCCCUACAUAUUGGCAGAAGUCCACUUUAUUGCGUUUGAUGGAGAAAGGACAAGACGAGAGGGCAGCUUUGCUGCUUAGCAAAUUGCAACCAAUUAUUCAGCAAGAAAUUUCAGCAGUACAUAUGCUCCUGCGGAAGCUAUAUGAGCCUAAAUUCCCCGAAUUGCAGUCCAUCGUUACAUCAGGAGAAGAUUACGCACGAGUAAUUCAGCACCUAGAGCAUGAAUCGGGUCAGUUGAACAUAGAAAAGCUCCAAGAAAUAGUCAGCCGCGAACAGAUGCUUGUCUUGUCGAUGGCCAUCCAAGUUGGUUACGAUAAAGACGCCGCGGUAUCCUCUCAAAUUUCGAAUUUGCUGCCAGAUAGUAUAGAUUUACUUCUGCAGCUAUGUUCUAUACAUCAAGGAAUCAAAAAGUUUGUCACGUCUCUGAUUUCCAACAUAGCCCCAAAUUUGUGCGAGUUGCUCGGACAUGAGAUUGCUGCCACCCUCAUAGCUUUCACAGGGGGCCUUCAGGAACUCAGUGAGAUCCCCAGCUGCAACCUAGCGUCUAUCGGUAAGCCUGCUUAUCUGAGUCACGCAUCCGUUACGGAUCAGAGUGGUGUCAGACAAAGGGGUGCUGUGUACCACUGUAAGUUAGUCCAAGAUCACCCAGUAUCCGUGCGGAAGCAGGCCCUUAAGAUGACAUGUGCUAAAGCUGCCUUGUGUGCAAGAGUGGACUACGCUCAGAGUAGCCCUAGGGGCGAGCUAGGAUCUCAGUGGCGAACCGAGAUAGCAGUUAAGUUGCAGAACAUACAAGAGCCCCCCAGCGUUGCCAAUAUUAAGGCGCUGCCGAUCCCAGAAGACAAACCCAAGAAGAAACGGGCAGGCCGCAGAUUUCGGAAAUACAAGCAACAAUUUCAACUAUCAAAUGCCCGGCAAUUACAAAAUCGAAUGGAGUUCGGCAAACAAGAGUCAACCUUUAGAGACGUUUUCGGGGAAGAAAUUGGUAUGGGUAUGGUAAACACACUGGGUGGACAGAUCUCAGCAGGUGGAUAUACCAAAGCUAUCCCUACAAAACUUCGAGCCCCUAUGAAGGAAAGACUUGCAGCAGCAAGCAAGGACACCGAAUCCUUUUUUUUCACAAACUCCGACAAUAGAGCUGAUCUACUUAAAAGUUCCGCAGGGGGACAUGACAAGAACUCGAAUGGUAGAGGGGUCAAAGAAGACGUUAGUGACUCCAAUCAUUGGUACACUAAAUUGAUGGAUAGUCAGGGGUCGCCAAAGGGCUGA